GUUACUCUCUUUUUCCUUUUGUUUACAUUUGUUUUUCUUUCAUCUUCAUCUCUACUUAAUAUGUUUCAUUUUUCUUCUUCUUCUUCUUCUUUGUAAUUAUUUGUAAUUAUUUGUUAAUUGUUCGCAAUUUAAUCAACAUCGUGUGUCCAUUUUGACCUGUUGGUUGAAAAGAAGAGAAAAAAAUUGUCAACAAAAAGUCAUUUUUUCUCAAUAGUUGCUGAUCUGUAAUUCCACUUUCUGUAUCUCUCUUUUUCUCUGUUUUUAUAUCAAUUGAUUUUCUAAUUACCAAUGUGAUUUAAUCAACCUCUUUCUUUUCAUCUUCUUCUAUCAUCAUCAGUAUUUUCUUCUUCUUCUUCUUCUUCUUCUCUCCAGAAUGACCAAUCAUUCUAUUCUUUUCUGAGUCGCCGAUUUUCUAUUGUGUAUAAUUGCCUUCUCAUUGUGUAUAUUUCUCUCAUCAUUUUCUUUUGUUUAAUUCUAUCCAAAAUUCUACCUCAACACAAAUUUCUAAUUAACUCCAAUUAACCGUUUAUAUGUGUGUCAUUUAUUUGAUUGAAUUCGUAAAAUCUGACGAUGAUUACAGUGAUUAGAUUAAAUUGUCAGAAGAAAAUGAUCAAUGGUUACUUUUAUUCUGUAAUGACACAAGAUUUUUAUCAACAACAAGCCACCGAUACUUAAACCAGUUGAGAUACAAGAAGAAAAUUCAAUCAUCAUCAAUUAUUUAUAUUCUAAUAAAUAAACUAUCCGAAUCUCAUUCACUUUCUAAACAAUCGUGGUAAUCACAACGAGUUUUGAUCUGUUUUUCUCAUGUCCACAUAAUCUACCAGAUUAUCAACUAAUCUCUUCAUUUUUUUUCAUCAUCUAUCCAAGUCAAAGUCUAUCUCUCUCUCUCUCUCUCCUCCUUGGUUGUUUCUUUUUCCAAUCGAAAGCUUUACUAUCUCGCAAAUGGAUGAAGUUCAAUUAUUACACAAUAAACGAACUAACCAGUUAACCCAAAAUUCACUUAAUUCAUCACAAAGACGUAAAAAAUGGACUCUGGUUAUUGUUGGUCUCCUCUUUUGCCUCUAUUUCACCUAUUUUUUCAUCAAUCCAGCUGAUCCAUCAGUCCGAGUCUUGGAUGUUUCAAACAAAUUUCUUCUCAAUGGUUUAAACCAACAAACACCCUCUCAACUUGCCGCCUAUUCAACAUCAUCACUUUCACCAGCAUCUCCAGCAAUCAUUUAUCCUCCCGCUCCACCGAUUAUCCUCCUUUGGACCGCUGCCUUUGAUAGUGAUUCAUGGUGGGGAGCAACUAAUUCACCUUUAGACUGUGAUUGUAUUGUUACCCGAAAUCGAAGUCUCUUGGCUCAAGCGAAAGUUGUAAUUUUCUAUUGGCGGAAUACUAAUCUCAAAGAUUUGCCUAAAUAUAAAUUUGAAGGUCAAACGUGGAUCUGGCAUCAUAUGGAAUCUCCAAUGAACACUUAUAGACGAUCUAGUUUAACCGCUUUCUCUAAUUACAUUGAUUGUUGGUCCAGUUACCGAGCUGAUUCAGAUUUUCCAACUCCAUAUGGAACCAUUAUACCAAAGAAUCAAUCUCAUGAAUCUCACAAAUCAGUUAGUAUUCCCUUUUCAAAGAAAAGUCGUAAUGUGGCCUGGAUGGUUUCCAAUUGUGGAGCCUCAUCGGGAAGAGAUGAAUAUGCUAAAGAGUUAGCUCGUUACAUUGAUGUUGACAUUUAUGGUGCUUGUGGUUCAUUUAAAUGUCCAAGUUCAAAAGGAUCAUAUUGUUACCAGUAUAUUGAGAAAAAGUAUCGAUACUACUUGUCUUUCGAGAAUUCAAUUUGUUCCGAUUAUUAUACCGAGAAGAUAAUCAAUCUUCUUAAUUACACAGUCAUUCCUAUUGUUCUUGGUGGAGCCAAUUAUUCAUCAGUUUUACCAAAUCAUUCGUAUAUCGAUGCUCUUUCAUUUAAAUCACCUCGAUACUUGGCAAUGUUAUUACGAAGUCUAUCUGCCGAUGAGAAAAGAUACAAUUCAUAUUUUGAGUGGAAAUCUCGCUUCACGAUUAACAAUAACGAUUAUCGAACACUUUUUUGCCAAAUAUGCUCCAGAUUGAAACAAUCAACCCAAAGUGGAUUUUCAUUUUCAUCAUCAACCAAAGAUCACCAUCAAUUAAGACGAUCAAAUGUAUUAUGUAACCGUCGACAUAAAGAUUUGGUUAGUUGGUGGUUCAAUGAAGGAUCAUGUAAAUCAUGGACUCCGAUAAAUCGAUUCAAAUUCUGGUCAUAGUCAUGCGAUUGAACUUGAAUUCAUAAAGAAAAAGACGUAGAAGAGAAAAGGUUUUCAGAAAACAAUCAAGAUCUAAAUUAUUUCUAGUUAAUUGAUCAUAACCACCAUUAUCUCAUCAUUGUCACCGGCAGCAUCUUCAUCCUCAUUUGGUCAUUUUUUGUAUAACUCAUUCCAAUUAUACUUACCAAAUACAUAUCAAGUAUAUGUCAACAUAAUCAAGAGUUUCUUGUCAGAUCAACAAUUUAGAUUAAAUCUGGAAACAUGUGAACCAAUUGGCUGACAUAAUACGAGUUAGCAAUUCAAUUUCAAGUUCCAGUAAAUUCGUGGCCUGUUGAUUAUCACGGAAAGUUGUUAAAUCUCCCUUAAUCCAACUGCAAUCUCUAAUCCAAGGAAGAAUCUAUAUGGAAACUAAAAGAAAAAUAGUAUUUUAUUAUUACUGGUCAAUCUACUGAUUAUGAGUGUAUUUUAGAUACACGAGAAUCGCAAAAAAAUUGGACAAAAUGAAUCGGAUUAAGGUCAAGCCUAAACAAUCAGAUGGUAAAAGGUUAAAUCGCCCCACAUUUCAUCCAAUAAUUUACCAUGAAAACCUUGAAUAAUCAGCGAAACUAUUACAAAUUAACUUGUAACAAGUCUGUCCAACAAUCAACUAAUCAAAGUGAUCCUUGAAUCUACUCCUUUUCUGUCUCUCUUUCUAAUUUUCUAAUUAUUCUGAAGUAUAUAUUCUGAAUAUUGAUGAGAAAAUUUCAAACAAUACAAUCAGUUGAACCCAAAUGAACAACAAUUACAACCCGAUUUUCUGAUGGGACGAUAAAAAACCCAAUCAAAUGACUGCAAUUAUCCAAAUACUUUGGUUCCCAUCGAAACGAUCAACAAUUAACAUAACUGGUUGACAAAUUUACUUACAAUUUAAACUUAAACCUGGUCAAUAAUUUAAAGCAAUUAACUGAAGAGCUCGUGAAAUAAUAAUGAUAAUUUUUGGAGAAUCAACUUGAUAACUUGGAAAAAGAAUUUGUCAAAAUUUAAUUCCAAUUGAAUCUAGUGUAUUUGAGCGUUAGAAACUUUGUAAUUGUUUGCAAUUUAAUGUGUUAUUUUUUUCUGUUGAUUAUAAAGAAGAAAAAAAAGUUAAUCACUGUCAAUAAAAUCGGCUGGUUGAUUGUCCUAUGUAACAA